CAUGGGAGGCUACUCUAGAUGAGAACUAAUGCCAUGCAAAAUAUUGCAUGCUAGAAUAUUUGUAAAUAACAAUUCUUACUAGCAUAAAUAAUUAUAACUUAUAGACAACUAAAAUGGGUCGCAAAAGAGAUCCAUUAGAUGAAAGACCGAAAUCUGGUCCUGGUAGGAAAACAAAGAAACAAAAGCCACCAACUUUCGCAGGAACGAAAUUUGAAGAAACAGAAGAUGGCAAAAAGAAAUUAAGCCAUAGACAGAAAGACAGACUUAAAAAAAGAUUGCUGAAAAAAGAGACCAAGCAACAGGCUGGUCAAAAACGUAAAGCCAAAGCUGUCAAAGAAGAUGGCCAGUCUAGUAAAAACAAGAAACCUAAACUCUUGUUUGACAGUGAUGAUGGCGAAGAUGAUUCUCCAGAUUUAUCAUCAGCAGAGGAGGAAGAAGUUGCAGAAGAGGAACCUGGGACAGAUGAAGCUGAGGAAGAGGAGGAGGAAGAAGAUAUGGAAAUUGAAAAAGCUUCCAAGGCCUUGAUUAAAGAGCAAGAGGAAAAUGAAAAUAUGGCUAAAGCUGAAUUGAUGCUUAAUAUCCAGUCACAGGAGAAAUUUGUUUUACCUAGUGGACAAGAGAUAGAAAAAGAAGCUAAUCUACCUCCAGACCUUGCUAUAUUAGACAACAGAAUAGCUCAUAUCAGACAUGUUCUAGCUGAUUUUAACAGCCGCAGAGAGCCUGGGAGGUCUCGACAAGAGUACAACAACCAACUUAUUAAAGAUCUUUGUGCACGUUUCACUUACAAUGAGUAUCUCAUGACCAAGUUAUUGGAUUUAUUUCCUGUAGAAAUAAUGGACUUUUUGGAGGCCAAUGAAUAUCCUAGGCCUGUGACUAUCAGAACAAACACAUUGAAAACAAGACGUCGAGACCUUGGACCUGUAUUGAUUGACAGAGGAAUCAAUGUCGAGCCUAUGGCCAGAUGGAGCAGUGUUGGUUUAACAGUUUUUGAUACAAAAGUACCAUUAGGUGCUACUCCAGAGUAUUUAGCUGGACACUAUAUGCUGCAAGGGGGUGCUAGUUUCCUGCCUGUCAUGGCCUUAGCACCUCAGGAGAAGGAGAGAGUCUUAGACAUGUGUGCUGCCCCUGGUGGGAAAUCAAGUUAUAUAGCUGCUCUAAUGAAAAACACUGGACUGCUCUGGUCUAAUGAUGCAAACAGAGAAAGGUGCAAGGCUGUGGUUUCCAAUUUGCACAGGUUGGGGGUCAUCAACAGUGUCAUCACUAACUAUGAUGGACGCGCUUUGCCCAAGGUGUUUCACAGUUUUGACAGAGUUCUGCUUGAUGCUCCUUGUAGUGGUACAGGUGUCAUAUCCAAAGAUGAAGCUGUCAAAAUAAGCAAGGAUGAAAAAGAUAUCUUGAGAUGUUCCCACUUACAAAAAGAGUUGUUGUUGGCGGCCAUAGAUUGCUGUAAUGCUAAUUCCAAAACAGGAGGAUUUGUUGUCUACUCCACUUGCUCGGUGCUUGUGGAAGAGAAUGAAUGGGUCAUUGACUUUGCUUUGAAAAAAAGAAAUGUCAAGCUUGUUCCCUGUGGCUUAGAUUUUGGGAAAGAAGGCUUUGUCAACUUUCAGCAACACAGAUUUCAUCCCAGCCUCAAACUGACCCGAAGGUUCUACCCACACUCCCACAACUUGGAUGGAUUCUUUGUGGCCAAACUGAAGAAGUUCAGCAACAAGAUUCCUGGUGCAGAAUCUAAGGAGGAAAAGACUAAAGAAACAGAGGAAACAGAAAAACAAGAAAAUGAAUCCAUAAAGGGAGAUAAUGCUGAAGCAGGAGAUUCCAAAGUGGAUGAGAAACAAGUCACACAGUCUGCCAACAGGCAAACCAAAUUUAGCAAUGGGCAACAGAAGAAAAGUGACUUUAAUGGACAGAGGAAGAAAUUUGUUGGACAGAAGAAGAAAUUUAUUGGUCAGAAGAAAAAAGGAAAAUUUCAUAAGAAAUAAUUUCUUUUUUCUUUUUAGUAUGAAAUAUAUUUUUGUUCUAUAAUGUGAUUAAAUUCAUGUCUUUUA